GCACAGUGAUUCCACCUUAUAUUGAGGACAUAUGUGUAGUCAGAAGCUGAUGUGCUAACUCUCCUGGACAAUGGGCCAGAACUCUUCGGUCCAGGAAAUAGUAAUUCAGCAAGACAAGGCAGAUAUAAUAUGUGAGAUAUUUAGCAAUGGGGUGGUCCAUGCCUCCCAAAAACUAAAGGAAUACCUGGGCUUUGAAGACCCACUUGGCUCCCUCUGCCCAAGCACUGAUACUUUGAAUGACAUCUUCCUUGUGAACUUUAUUACCUUCUGCAUUGAAAAGGGGGUGGAAGAAAGGAUAACAACAGCCAAAUUGAGCAAACAGCAGUCCCUCUUGUUUGGUGUUGAUUGGAUCUGGACACUGCAUGGUCCUGAUAAAUUGGUGAAGCUUCAAAUAGCUGUGCAGGCACUUCAGAUGGCAGAGUCCAACAUCAAUGAAACAAAUAACCAAAGCUUAUUAAAUAUUUGCAAUACUAAGGAAAUACAACUUGCUGAUAUAUACAAAGACAAGAGUCGGUUUGAAAAGCUGGAAGAGUUUUGUAGACUGAUAGGAGCAGAUUGCAUGGGGUUAUUUAUGGUGUAUGGGUUACCAGGACGACCUAAGGAUAUACGGGGAGUGCUUUUGGACAGUGUCAACAAGGAAAAUGCAAAAUCCCUUAUGUUAAGAGAACACGCAUUGCAAAAUUUCAUCCUUAACACAGAUACCUUCAUCCCUGCACGAGAGAUGCUUGAAAAGUGUAUGACAAGAAAAAAUGGUCAGAAAAACAUUGGAAAGGUCUAUAUCAACUUCCUUUGAUAUCUGUCAAAUAUUCAAUAUAUGCCAUAUUCUUGACAAAUUAACUCAAAUAAUGUUGCACAGGCUCAUAUCAUUUUUAUAGAACAUUGGAAUCUGUAGAAUAUGCACUAUAAGAUCAAAAUGAGAUAAUUACAUUUAUACUUUGAUCAAGGUCCUGUAAACCUGUAAAAGAUCCUUUAUGCUGCUUAAACAGCAGAAGUGUGUGAAAAUAAAUGAGCACAUUUACAUGUUGUAGAUAAAUGAUUCAUUUGCACAAGUUAAAGUCCUUAAUUUACAUGCCCUGAAGCUGUUUGUAAAUGUGUCAUAACUAUUUUUAUUAUAUUAUAUCAACGGUACAUUAUAUUUUUAACUUUUUAAAUAUGAUUGAUAUUACAUAAAAUGUAUAUAAAUAUUUGUAUUAUUAUAUAGAGAUGUAAUAUAUUAUUUUUCAUCCAAUAAAGUUUAUGGAAAAAAUAAAUAAA